CUUUGAUCAUUUGAUUGAUUUUGACAUUGACAGUUCAAAAAUCAACACAACAAUAAUAUUGUAACCUUGUAAAUGAAAUUUUAGUGUAUUUUUCAUUACCGAAACCGAUUAACAAUAUUCUUUGCUCUUUACCGGUCAUGUUUUAGAAUUAAAUUUCAAAAUUAUUAAAAUGCAGUGCUCGGUUCGUCAUGUUUCCCGGAAAAUUAUUACUCCUAGGAUAUUAGUUCCGAGGAAUAACCAAGUUAGAACUUUUUGGGAGUACGUAAAUAUGACGUUUAAUAAACCAGAUCCUGAUCGAAUUAAACAACUUGGCCCAGAUCGUGCCUGCGCAGAAUGGGUAUUACGGAACGGUGGAAAAGUAGUAUGGGAGAGCGGAAAGAAAUUAGCUGAUUACAACUUAUUACCACCAGAGGAACAAGCGGUUCCAAAAUUAGUAACAAUUGAUGGCACGGACUCUUCCAUUUCACAUUAUGGCUUUCCCCAUUUAAUUGGAUGUGAGAAGUUGAGCAACAUAAUCCUUCACAAUGCAGACUACAUUGACGACAGAGCCCUAAAGGGGCUGAGUUUUGGACAAAGUACAUUAACACAUCUUCAAGUAUCCAAGUGUGUGAAUGUCACAGAUGCUGGAUUGAAAAGCUUAAUUUCACUUAAUAAAUUAGAACUUCUAGUUUUGUUCAAUUUAGUAAGUGUUGAAAACAUAGAAGAAUGUAAGGAAUAUAUUCGGAAACAUCUGUCUAAUUGCAAAAUAAAAGAUUUGAAAGAUGCAACACCUUCAAAUGAAAAACCACAAUAAAAUCAAAUAUGUAUAAUUAUAUUAUAAAUAUAGUGUGAAGAUAAAAU